GUCGACGCCGCUCUUGCCCGUGACACCCUGGAGAAGAUCAUGACCGACUUGUCAGCCAUCCAGCCGCUGGUCAACUUCAUCGAGACCAACAUGGUGAUCGCCGCCGGCACACUGACAAUUAUGCUGGACACCGCUUCGGCGGCGACAGCGCCCAUCGGCCGCCGCUAUCGCCAGCUCGACUUUGACGACAACGUCUCUCACUCCUCCUCCAUGCUUGCCUCCCUCUCGAAUCCGCUUUCCACUCCAGUAGACCGUCUGCGGCAGCCGUCGUCGCCGAUGGCCCAGAAGCGACUCCGCAGUGGCGAGGCGAGGCCGGCGCAGCAGGCGCCGGCGGCCUCGCACUCGAGCUUCAAGAUCAACGACACCGUGCAGCCAGUGCCGUACGCGCCGACGCAGACCACGACCGAGAACGGGUCGAUCGUGUCAAUUAUGGGCAUGCGCGAGAUUGCUGAUGCAGGCUUCCACCAUGUCAACCAGCUUCGUAUGGCGUACUAUGCCCGCUUUAAGUGUGCUCGUGCCUCGGUUGGCAUGUGGGCAUUGCUCGAAAAAGUGGUCCAGACCCCGCUCUACGCCGCCUCGGUCCCGCCCGGUGAGGUUAUUGGCGCUGUCGGCGCCAUCACCUCGGGUGUCUCCGUCUUUACCGCCGAGGAAGCUACAGUCCGCCACGAGCUCGCUACCGCCGCCGACAUCCUCCGCAAGCUUCCCAUCGAGGUCCGUUUUAUUGUCUACGAGUUUCUUUCCGAAAACGGAAGCAUGGGCUCCCUGCCCUCGCUCCGCGACGUCGACAUCUGUCUCCGCAACUGGAGCACACUCUACGCCUCAUCCCACGAUGCCAGCCGCGCCCUUCUUCUCGCCAUUCGCGUCGUUGCCGUCGCCGCCAUCGAGCAGCUCAACGUCGCUUCGCAGCCGCGCCACAAGCUCGCCUGGCUCGCUUUUGUCCAGCGCCUCAUCGUUGCCCAGGUUGCCCAGAUCCACGCCGCCACCCACGGCCGCUUGCCAGUCCUCGACCGCACCGCCCGCCGGACGCUCAUUUCCACCGUCGUCGAAAUGCUUCCGCUCUCGCCUCCUUGCCGCCCCUCGCCGAGCAGCGACGACGCCGCGAUCAUCGAGUCGACCUACGUCUCGGCUCCUAUCCUCCGCGGCAUCCAGUCUGCGCUUCGCGGCGAGAUCAUGGUCCAGGAAGGCUGGACUCUCGACGGCUCGCGGCUGAGCUAUCUUCCGCCGCUGCUCUCGCCUGUGGCGCCGGACGACGCCGACGCCGUCGCCUCCAUCACCUCACUCGAACCACUCACCACCGUUUGCCAGCUCAUCGGCACACCCACAACCGAGCUCGCCAUCUCGCUCGAGAAAAUCGAUUCCGCGCUUUGCGUCUCGGCCGCCGCCGUCAUUUCCGCCAUCUCCGACUCGUGCGGCUCUGUGGUAUCCUCGACACUGGUCGGAGGCAAGGUUGCUUCCGUGACCAUGGCCUCGGUGGACGAGGCCGUCGCUGUAGCCAACGCGCUUCACGGGCUUACACUCGCCUUUACUAUUCUGCGCGUCGAGUACGUGUAA